UGCUCCCACAGCACUUGCUUCCCUCUGCUGGACUCUUGAAAUGGACUACUCGCUUAAACGUGUUUUGGAAGCCAACCCUGUUGACUUUGCCGGUUUACGUCCAAUCACACCGGCCCACUCGGUUCGUUACUCAAAACCUGGAGGAGUCCUACCAUCUUGCAAGAGCAUUCCUGCGGGAUGUUUCUCACGCCAGGGAGAGCUAGAGCCUAGCUACCUCUCACUUGGUUGGUCGAGCCACAUUCAGGCAGAGGGACAGCUGUAUUUCUAUCAUAGCCAGUUGCGUUUUGUCACUGAGACAAACAUUUACGACGCGGAGAAGUUGAAGCGCCUUUCGCACUGGAUGGCUGCGGCGGGUAAACUCGCUGAGGCGCAGGACUUCAUGAUUACGAACUCCAUUGAAGUUAUGCUCCAACUUGACGAUAAUGACGACUCUUGUGGAUAUUAUGUUGUGGACCAUGACAAUAGGACUGUUUUCUGGCUUCAGGAUGUAUCCUCCGAAGACUUGGACAUCCCUGCUUCAGUAUCAAUGACCCAGCUGCGCUGGAACUCUAAUGAAUUUUAUUGGACUCAUGUUGAGUACUUCUCUGCACAUCUUCCGGGUAUCCGGAUGUCCUGUGCGCGCGAAUUGUUCAGUAUUUUGACUCAUGCCAGGGCAGAUCAUCUGACUUCUACGGUUGGAACAUUCCCGUACGGUGCAGAACAGUGCAAGGAGUUUAUGGACUUGCUCCGAGAUCAUGUCUCAGGCUCAAGUGAGGUCCUUGCGGAUCGGUAUAUUAUCUGCGUAGUUGCUCGUUUAUGGGGACAAGUUGCUCGACACAGGUUUCUGAAUUUUUACGGCGAGGAGAACGCACGUCUCUCUCGGGACCAGCGUGUUGUGAACAAUGCUCCCAAAGAUCUGCCGUUCUUGUUCAAGAUGUUCUCUAGAACCGUGCUCUUCAAUAUCCCGGAAAAAUACUCAAGCGAACUUGACGGGCUGUGGGUAGACAAUCUUGUCUACGCAGAACCCUGGAAAGUUUUUGUAAAACGGGUGACUGAGGAUUGGAAAGAGACAGCAGUCUGGACUACGGCAUUGACAUCUAUGCAUGCAAUGAUCUACUUUGGUGCACUUGGGUCUUCGACAGUUAGCAUCGCUGCAAUAGCGCUCUCAAUAUUAGGAUUCAUAAUUAGUAUGGCGCUCAGCAUUUAUCAUCAGAUGUCCUUAAAUUAUGAGACUCUGGAAGCAGCUUCAUUCUUAGACAGGACGUGCCAUUCCGUAUUUGGAUUCGCUCCGCUUUCGUGGAUGUACAGCAUUCCCAAAGCAGUCCUGUUCUGGUCUUCCGGCCUUAUAAUUCUGCAAGGUGGCUUUGCUCUGUUCAAAGCAGUUCCCAUCUUGAAUCAUUUUGUUGCUGGCGGCCUUGUUGGCUUGAUUGUUGCCGUCCUGUGCGGCGUUGCAUAUGCUCUCCAUCUCCAGGGUGCCUUGCUGUCUUGUUUUUCUUUUUUUCGGACUUUCGCUCAUCGUGAUGGAGAUUUGGAAAGGAACGACGGUAUCAUUGGUAACAAGAUAUAAAAAUGGACAAUACUCGUUUCACUGGGAUCUUCGAAUAGGAGCACACCGUUCCUUUCUAAGUCGUCACUUCGAUGAGCUAAAGGGAAUUGGCCAUCUUGGCCUACCAUGGACCAAUUGUUACCCCACCUCCCGUACGCUUUACUACUUGAAGAAACUCGUCACUGUAUUCCCAACUGUAUUUCUACGAAGGAAAUCAGAGAUUCGUAUAAGAAAAGAUGUGAGGCUUGCGAUACCUAAUGUAUUAAUAUGCCCAUGCUCCACUGUAAAACACUACCUAAUAGACAGCAAUUUAAUACAAUUUGUUCCCACU